AGAUAAACAGUGUGGCCAGCCCCGAGUCUCUCUUGGAAGGCACCCCUCCACUCUCAGCAGCGCACUUCUUGGAGGCUCUCACACUUCCAUGCUGCAGUCAGAAGCUCACUGGAGUCCAGCAUGAUUCUUCUUACUGUGCUGUUCCUUUGCAUCAUUUCCACCUACUCAGCCUCUGUUAAAGGGCACACUACUGGACCAAGCUUAAAUAAUGACAAGCUAUAUAAAUUUUCUUACUCAACUGAAGUGUAUGUUGAUCGUGUGAAAGCAUCACUGCAGAAAAGUGCAGGAUACUGUCUUUCUUCUGGUGUGGAUGUCAAUCUCUUAUGGAGAAACCCAGAGAAUGAUGAUGACCAGUUGGUCAAAGUUACGAUAAAAGAUGUUCAAGUUGAAAAUGUGAAUGAACGUCCAGCUGCUAAAAACAUCUUCAAAGGAAAAAACACGGAGAAGAUCAUUGGGAAAGAAUAUCUGCAAGCUUUACAGAGGCCUAUGGUUCUUGAGCUUGUCCGUGGAAAAGUCAAAAACUUCUACUCAUAUGAAAAUGAACCUGCUUUUACUCAAAAUAUUAAGAGAGGUCUGGCAAGCCUUUUCCAGCUGCAGCUGCACUCUGGUCCUGCCCAUGAGGUGGACAUAUCUGGGAAGUGCAAUACUACUUACCAUGUGAGGCAAGAUCAAGUGACUAAAAUAAAAGACCUUGCCUCCUGUGAAAUAGAAAAACAAGGAUUUACCAGCCACAACCGGAUUUUAGAUGUCAGUACAAAAGCCACAUCUGCCACAAUUUAUGUGCUGGAAGACAGUUUCUUUAAAUCCAUUAAAGCAGAAGAAAAUUAUGCUUUGGCUCUGAAUUCUCGACGAAAAACAGGUGCCAAAAUAGUGUCAAAGCAGAGACUGGAACUGAAGUCAGUAGAAGCUGGGCCUGGACUGAUCGCUGGGAAGCAAGUGGCAGGUGUUAUCAAGACCUUGGACUCCAGUUACGUUGCUGUGUCACUGGUAGCAGAGCCAGUCAAAUCCAAAUGCAAAAAGUGUCCUUCACUUUCUGAACACUGGAAGAGCAUCAGAGAACAAAUGUAUCCUGAAAAACUCUCCAAAGCUGAAGCAGCUAAAAGCUUUUUGUCCUUCAUUCAGAACAUCAGAAAAGCUACGAAAGAGGAGAUACUGCAAGUUAUUAGAAGUGAAAACAAAGAACUUCUCCCGCAGAUAGUGGAUGCCGUAACCUCUGCUCAGACCCCAGAAUCACUGGAAGCCAUACUGGAGUUUCUUGACUUUAAGGAUGAAAGCACUUCUCUCCUGCAGGAGCGAUUCCUGUAUGCUUGUGGAUUUGCUUCUCACCCCACUGAAACGCUCCUGAAAUCUUUAACUGCUAAGUUCAAGGAGGAUAUUGCAAAUGAAGAAAUAAGAGAAACUCUUGUCACUGUCAUGGGAGCACUCAUCAGGAAGCUGUGUGACAGAGAAGGCUGCAAGCUUCCAGCUGUUGUGGAAGCCAAAAGGAUGAUUCUAAAUAGACUGGAGAAGGCUAAGAAAGAUGACAAUGUGAGGAUGUUCCUGCUGGCACUGAAGAAUGCACUCCUUCCCGAAGCAAUUCCACUGCUUCUGAAGUAUGCCGAGUCAGAAGGGCCCAUCAGCAAUCUUGCUGCCACUGCCUUGCAGAGAUAUGAUCCUUCUUUUCUCACCAAAGAGGUGAAGGAAACAAUGAACAGGAUAUAUCACCAGAAUCGCAGAGUCCAUGAAAAGACAGUGAGAACCACUGCAGCUGCUAUCAUCUUAAACAGUAACCCAUCCUACAUGGAAGUGAAAAACAUCCUGCUCUCCAUUGGUGAACUGCCUCUGGAAAUGAACAAGUACAUGCUCUCCAUGAUCCAAGAUAUACUUCACUUUGAAAUGCCUUCAAGCAAAACAAUUCGGCAAGUUCUGAAGGACAUGCGUACUCAUAACUACGAUCGCUUCGCCAAGACAGGCUCUUCCUCUGCCUACUCUGGCUAUAUUACACGUGGUCCAGAUGUGUCAUCUACAUACAGUCUUGACAUCCUCUAUUCAGGCUCUGGCAUUUUAAGGAGAAGUAACAUGAACAUCCGAAUUUUUGACAGAAAUGCUGAACUUCAUGCCAUCCAGGUGGUGAUUGAAGCUCAAGGUCUGGAGUCCAUAAUAGCUGCAACUCCUGAUGAAGGCGAGGAAAACCUGGACUCCUAUGCUGGCAUGUCAGCCAUUCUGUUCGAUGUCCAGCUUAGGCCAGUUACAUUUUUCCAAGGGUACGGUGAUUUAAUGUCUAAAAUGUUCUCAGCAACUGGAGAUCUCAUUAACGUGGUGAAAGGACUUAUCCUCCUGACAGACUACUCACAGGAGAUCCAGCUGCAGUCAGGGCCGAGGGCCAACGCGGAGUUCCUGGGUGGCCUGGCCAUUGACAUCUCAGGAGGGAUGGAGUUCAGCCUGUGGUACAGGGAAUCCAAAACCAACAUCAAGAACCGGGUAGCCAUGUUUAUAGCUGGUAACACCGAGGUGGACUCCUUCUUUGUGAAAACUGGCAUGGAAACCACUUUUGAAGUAGAAACAACAUUAGACUUCAUCUCCACAGUGCAGUUUUCGCAGUACCCGUUUUUAGUCUGUAUGCAGAUGGACAGAGUUGAUUCUCCAUUCAGGAGUUAUGUGACUAAGUAUGAAAGUCUACCAUCGGGCAGACGGUACACUGCAAGGAGGGAGAAGGCAGAACCACUGGCAGGCAAUGAAUACCCUCUCCAUCAAGAGAACUCCAACAUGUGCAGGAAGGUCAUCGGUGUCAAGUCUGAUUCCUCCAGCAACUGGUUUUAAAUGAGCACCUGAGGUUUUGCUUUCCUGCAGCCGUGGCUCCCUCAAUGACUUCAGCUUGUACAUGCCGUACUAACUUGGAGCUUGAUCUUGUGCCACCGCAGUUAAUGGGAAUUUUGGAUGGGAAUUUCAACAAGCCAGGAUCAAACUCUCAGUGUGUGCAGUCUGUUUACAUGUUAACCUGUAUUUAAACCUUUUGUAAAGAAAAGAUAGCUAAGGCAAGUAAAGACCAAUUUGGUAGUAUUCCAUGCACUCCCUCAAGGGUGCUGCUAGUUCUUUAGUUUUACCUUUUUGUGCCAAAAGAGAAAAGAAUCCCUUGUUUUAUUUUCUUGGGGAACACUAAAGUCCAUGGUUUUGACAUGCAGUAGGAACAAUUAUGAUGUAUAAAGAAUGAUUAUUUAUGAAUAUAUUUUAAAGUAUUUAGGUGGCUUAAGCCUUUGACCGACUCUCAUUCAAAUACUGAAGUACAGUUAACAUCUAAAUGGGACCAAAAUUUCCUGCUUACUCAGUAUUGCCUGUUUACAAACAAGCAGGUUUUAUUUUACAUGGUUUUAAAGGAUUUCCCCCUUUUUUAAGCAGUCAGAGCUUGAUUGUUAUUAUUAUUUAUCUUUUGAGGGUUUUUUUAUUAUCUGCUGUAGCUAAAUACAAUUGACUAAAAAUAUGGGGUAACACUUCCAGAAGUACUUAUGGUUGCCUUAAUUCUGCUAUAAUUUCUGUAGUUACCACCAGAGGCAGAGUUAAGUCAACACUGGCUGCUCUUCAAGGUUACCCCCUGAAGGUUUGUGCCCCUGUGUGUAAUCAAGGCAGGUGUAUCUCAAAAAUGAGCAUUCACUAAGGCAAUUCUGAACUAUGAUGAAAGAAAGGGUCCUGAAGGAAAUCAAUUUUGAACGCACAGUUUAAUGAAGCUUGCGCAGAGCCAGAACAUUUUCUUCUAGGUAGGUUCUACUCAUAUUUCACUGCAAAAAAAGUUACCACUACUCAUGCAAUUCCUUUGAUUAAAAUGAUUGUACCUUUUUGCUCAUUCAAGCAGUGUCUUCAUAGGAACUGUGUAAAAAAGAAAUAUGUUUUACAUUUACAACAGCAUGGCAGAUGAGGAAAGAAUAUACCUUAUUCCUACUCAGCUGAUCUCUGACAUGAUUCAUUUUUAUAUGACAAGGUGGGUGACUGCUGGUCACAUAAAAGUAAAAUAAAAAGCCAGGAACGCUUGUUUUCCAAAAUAAACGAAGCCAGGCAGGAAAAACUCACGGAUUUCAUGGAGGAAAAAAGGUGGAAAAAAAGUAUGACAAGAAUUUAAAAGAAAUCCAAAUUCUUCUGUGUUGUAAAAAAACCAAGAGUGCAGAAACCUGCAAAACUCAGGCUAUCAAUGGGAUGAAGCAGUCUGCUUGUUGUCUUUCCUGAAAACGCUGACACACCUCUAGUCAAAGCAUAAAUAAACCAGGUAAAAA